AAUCAGUUCCAGUCCAGCCACUCUGCCGAUCCUGCUUGUUCCCCCAAACCACUGAACCGUCGGCUGAGUGCUUCACUAAGUGUCAAGUCUCAACCUCUCCGCGCAGCCGCCGGCGACACAGUUAUCUGGUUUUUUAGGGGUUGGAUACCGGAUUCUAUUUAAAGUUCGCAUCUUUCAUUCUGGGUUCGCGGUGGAAAUUUGUUUGGAUGAUAGAGCUUGUUAUGGUAUUGGAAUAGAAUGAUGCAUUCCGAGGAAGGGCGGGCGAAGAGCUGGUAGUAUCUAUUGAUUUCUGUCAGAGUCUCCCAUUGCAAAUGCUUUGAAAUCAACACAGUUCAGCAGCUCGGCAUGGCUAGGAUCAUACAUCGAAACUGUUCUUGGUUUCAUUGGGGAAGACAAGCAGGUAUUACUGAAUUCCCUUAUCCUUAUUCUUCAAUCGCGUCCAAUCCAACUGCUCCUCGGACCUCAAAUUCUGCAACUUUCGCCAGCGUAGAUGAUGCCUUGGAUUCAUUUAAUAGAAUGCUCCUCAUGAACCCCAGACCCUCAAUCGUGAAAUUUUCUCAGUUGGUAAAUUCUCUUAUGAGAAUGAACGCCUUCGACGCUGCCUUGUAUGCGUCUAAACAAAUGGAAGUAGCUGGGUUCCACCAUGAUCUUCACACGCUGAGCAUGUUGCUUCGUUGCUUCUGCAAAUUGGGUCGAGUGGAUUUUGGCUACUCAGUUUUGGGUAAUGCUUUGAAACUCGGUAUUCAAUUCGACGAUGUAAUGCUCAGUACAUUGAUUGAUGGGCUCUGUAAAGAUGGGAGAGUAAUCGAGGCUGCAAGUUUGGUUCAUAAGAUUAGGAUUUUGGGUUGUCAACCUGAUGUGGUUAGUUAUAGCAUAGUCAUUAGCAGCCUAUGUAAGGAUGGGAUGGUAUCGAAGGCUUUUGAUGUUUUUUCAGAGAUGAAGGAUGAAAAGAUUCAACCAGAUGUGGUUGCUUACAAUAGCUUGAUUGCUGGUUUAUGCAUUUCAAGCACAAUCAAUGAAGCUAUGAAGUUACUCAAUGAAAUGGUAGAGAGGAAGAUCAUGCCCGAUACAGUUAGCUAUUCCACAUUGGUUGAUGCUUUUUGUAAGGAAGGAAAUGUUUUGGGAGCUAAAGUUAUACUCAAAGUGAUGAUUCACAGAGGAUUUCUUCCAGAUGUCAUCACUUACACUUCAUUGAUGAAUGGAUACUGUUUGCGCAAUGAAUUAGACAAAGCUAGAAAGUUAUUUGAUUUCAUAGUUAGUAAGAGAUGUGAACCUAACGUUUACUGUUAUAAUAUAAUGAUUCAUGGAUAUUGUAACAAUGGAAGGAUGGAUGAAGCUGAAGAAUUACUUAAUGAUAUGCUUGAGAAGGAUUUGGCUCCGGAUACAGUCACGUAUACUACUAUGCUAAAUGGAUUUUGUCAGGCAGGGAGGCUUAAAGAUGCACAACAAAUUCUCAAGAAAAUGAGUGGUCAGGGUUGUUCCCCGGAUAAUGUGACAUACAAUAGCUUGCUUGAUUACUUGUGUAGACAAGGUAAACUUGACGGUGCAUUAGCUCUAUUUCAAGUAAUAGACAAUAGUAGUUUGAAGUCUAAUGUUGCCGGGUACAAUAUCCUUAUGGAUGGGUUGUGGAAAGCAGGGAGGGAAAAGGAAGCAAGGGAAAUGUUUUCUAGGCUCUCUAGAGACAAGUUUUUGCAACCUGAUACCCGCGCAUAUACCAUUACAGUUGAUGGACUUUGCAGACAAGGUUUUGUGGAUGAAGCAUAUGAUUUGUUCAGGAAAAUGGAGGGGGAUAGUUGUCUACCAGAUAGUUGCUCUUACAAUGUGAUUAUUCAUGGAUUUCUUCGCCAUAAGGAUCCCCUUGAAGCAAUAGGCCUCAUUCAUGAGAUGGUUUCUAAAGGUUUCUCAGCCGAUGCAACCACGAUGUCUUUGCUAAUAGAAUUGUUGCCCAAGAAUCAGUUGGAUCACCCAAUUUUCCAGAAGCUGUUGAAUGGUCCUGAUAUGAAAACUCAUAAAAUAGGGUCUACUGAUCUAUCAGCUGCUGCAACUCAAGGCACUUGCUGAAAUUCCCAUCCAAAUGCCAGGUGCAUGAUCCUGUAGCUGAUCGAAAUCCCUCGGUUUCGAGAAGAUUCUGAUGAUAGAAAGAUGGCUGGAACUAAAUCUCCGAGGCAUGAUCCUUGCCACUGCUUACAUAUGUGUUUCCCUACUUGUAUGUCAGGAAUAACUUUAUUUAAGGGCUUUGCAUAUUGCUGGUUCUCUCUGUUUGCUGCAUAAAUGAGCUCCUUGUAUGUUUCGGUCUACACUAAGCAUGGGAGUAGAUGAUGAUCCAUGUUUGAAAGCUAUUUGUGGUUAUUGUUUGGAGAUAGGAAUUAACUUAGCUCGCUUGUUUAGUAACAACUACCUUUUUGCGCCAAAGCCAUUGAAUGGAACUCUAGGAUUCUGCUCUUGUCAAGAAGAAGCAAUGCUUUUGGUUACCCAUUUUGGACUUCAGUCAUCUGAAUGGGAUAAUUAUCAGCUUUCAAAAAGAAGUUUGUGUUAGGAAGAAGUGCUCACCUGGAAUGGAACCUUGAUGGGUUGCUGGAUAAGAUAUGGGAGUAUCUAGAUCUCACUCGCAUAUACACAAAGCCCAAUGGAAUGAACCCAGAUUAUGAAAACCUUGUGAUCCUCUCAUCAAAGAAGCGGACCGGGAGGACUUUUGCAACCAGAUUCUCAAGAAUAUGUCCUAAACAGUUCAAGUAUGCAUUAGUAUGGGGAUCCAGCGCCAAACACAAGCCGCAAAGAGUUGGAAAGGAACACGAGCUGGAGGAUGAAGACGUGGUGCAGAUUAUCAAGAAGGUGUAAAGAAAGACUUGUUGCUACGUUGUUAUUAUGUGUCAUUAUUGAGUAGUGAGGUUCUGUGAAAGAGCCAUGGAAAAACUUUUCGAUAACUGUAGAAGCAUAGGCAGUUGAUUGGAAGACCAAUCAAGAUGAGCAGAAAGACUGUUGCUCUACUUGGUUAAUAGGUGCGGACUUGAAAUGAAGCUGUAGAGCCUCCUGGUAUAGCUGUGUUUGUUUAAGUGUAUCCAUAUCAUGUUGCGAUGAAUCGGACAUUUGGUUCACUGGCUGAUUUUGGCGGGAGUUGUUCAAGAUCAUGGGCUCUGGCUUGAACUUUUCGACGACAUUUCAUUCG